CAUGAACGUUCACCAUUUAACGAAAAAGAUGGCGUACAAACCUUAUGAGAAGCGGCACCGGGAUUUGCAGGAAGAUGUGCGUCCUCCCAACAGCAGACUUUUUGUUAUCUGCGGGAAGGGAGUAAAAGAAGAAACGUUUAAAGAUGCGUUCGAAGAAUAUGGAACGAUUGAGGAUAUUUGGGUCGUAAAAGAUAAACGGACUAACGAAGAGAAAGGUGUAGCUUACAUCAAGUACUCGAAGUCGUCUGAGGCUGCUCAUGCCAUGGAGGAGAUGAAUGGCAAACAGCUGGAGGGCUCGCCAAAACCCAUUAAGGUUCUCAUUGCCAGCAGUAAAAGGGAAGGAUCUGUCCGAGACCCUAAGGAAGAUGAGAAACUGUUACGAUUGUUUGUUAUUGUUCCAAAGUCGUAUACUCGUGACGAUCUAAAAAAGGAGUUUGAAAAAUAUGGGGAUAUAGAAAGUGCCACGCUGGUGACAGACAGAGUGUCUGGGGAGUGUAAAGGUUUUGGUUAUGUCCGCUAUCACAGAGCCUACCACGCUGCUCUGGCAAUGGAAACCUGUGACCCAUCUUUUAAACCAAAGUUUGCGGACCCUAAGCCUACGAAGGAUGACUUUGAUAGCCACAGUCGCCGAGAUCGCGGGGACAGGGACCGAGACAACAUGUACGGGGGGUACCAAGGAGGGUACAGAGAUAUGCUGGGAGGGGGAGGCGGAGGAGGAGGAGGCGGCGGAGGGGGUUAUAAUUCCAGAGGUGAUAGAGGCAUGAAGAGGGGCUACCAAGAUAUGGGAAUGUCCCGGUUCGACAUGGGGCGUAACAGCAACCGAGAUGAUUUCGGAGGCGGAGGAGGAGGUGGUGGUGGUGGAGGUGGAUAUUACCAGGAACAAAAUAGGAUGUCGGUUCCACCCCCGUCCCAGCCCUUGUUACCUAUGGGAGGUAGCAAUGUGUCACAACAGGGACCCAUGGAGAUGCUGCAGUCCUACCAGAGUCACGGCAGUACCAGGCUACACAUUACCGCACCUAUUGGUCUCACCCAGGGCUAUCUCACACGUCUCUUCAGCCUCAUUCCCGGCCUCGAGUACUGCGAUCUCAAUGAAACGACAGGAAUAGCAUAUGCACGAUACACAACAGCGCAGUGUGCAUCAUAUGCGCGUGACAAACUUGAUGGCUUCGAGUAUCCCAUUGGCAGUCGACUGAUGGUGAGGUUUGCUGAUGGACCAAGCAGUGCACAACCAACUGACACACAGCAGCAGGACAAUAGUGGCAAUUACGACAGUUACCGUGGAUACUGUGCAGCACGUCCAGAUCAACACAAGGCAGAAGACAUGAUUCAGAGAAUUACCUUACAGGCAGCACUGAUCCUGGAGAAGGCUGGAAUUAACCCUGACCGGGUACUGACCGCCACCUCAGGGGCGGGGCUGGGCUCAGUGGGCGGGGACAUGGAGAGGGUAGCGUAUACCUCCAUUCCCCUCCCCUACCCACAGUCCAUGAAGCCUGAGGACACUGAGGUGGUACAGAGACUAUUCAUUGUCUGCCAGCCCUCAGGCAUCCCAGAGAAAGUAUUACGUGAUGCUUUCUGUAGAUUUGGGAAUCUCAUCGACGUCUAUUUGUUACCAGCUCGUAACUAUGGCUAUGCCAAGUUUGCCUCCAAGGACAGUGCUAUGCGUGCUAUCCAGGUAUUGCAUGGUCAGAAUUUGGCUGGUAAUCGUCUGAAGGUGUUGGAGGCAGAGCCGCCUAAAAAUGAGCAUUCAGACAACACAGGAGGUGAUGAGGAACCGAAACGACCCCGCUACUGAAAGCGGACUGACCACUCCUUGGACUGACGCUGAUUUAACUGACCAUUAGACUUGAGGAUGACCAAAACAAACAAACCGGACACAUUUCUGUUGGAGCAUUACUGACUUCUUUGGAUGGAGACGGCGUCAUUUGAUAACGAAAUUUACACAGGACAAAAGUACAGAAAACUGAUUUUGAUUGACUCACUGAGAUUGUCGACAAGAAGGUUGACGAUGGUCGAAACUUAGACUCAUUGAUAUUGUCGAAACGUUGACUCGUUGAUAUUGUCGACAAGAGGAUUGACGAUUGUCGAAACAUUGACAACAUCGAUGAAAGACUAAAAUACUUUAUCAUUUUAAAUGUUCUAUGAUAUAUAUGGGAGAGUAUAUAUUGACACGCUUUGUAACAAACCACUACAGAGUUUUGUUGACUACAUGAGAAGAUUCUGUUACAUUUGUCGUAGACUGUAUACAGACGUCCCGGAGUACAAGUACUAGUGGUAUAUUGUACUGAAGCCUAGCUGUCGGAUAAACUUCAGUCAUAAUUUUGUUGAUGUGGAACGAUAUUCUUGUUGAUAACUCCUACACAAAUGACUGGUAUAAUGUAAUGUGUGAUAUAAAUACUUGUGGAAGAGCAACUGAUUAAAGUACUAGAGGGGAAAGUCCUGUUCCACUCGAUGUAGCAGGCAAUAAUGUAAGGUGGUAAACUAAUAAUCAAAGAAAGGGUAUAGGAACACUUCAUUAAAUAUUAUAAUAGAGGUUUCUAUUACAAUGACUGUGUUAAUAGCUUUCAGUCAAACUCAUCCAUUUCAACUCUACACAUAAGGAAUGUCCAUCAACAUUUUGACCAAUCCCUUGAACUUGUCUCUUCAAUCUUGUUUGUAAGAAAGGAACUGUUAAUAGGUUAAAUAGAAGUAUGGGUAAAUGAGAUACCAUUUUGUGAAUUUAGUUUGAAAUGAGACGUUUUGGUGAAUAUAAGAUGUGUAGCACUUGUAGUCAGGUUCACAUCAGAACAUGUUUUUAUGUUCAUUUAAAUCCCCUUUGAAUUUGUUUUUGUGGCUCUGUCAUCGGUUUUUGUAAAAGUUUGCAGCUGUGAAGUGGUCCAGUAUAACAUUUUCUUGAUCCAAGAUUAAGACGUCUUUAGCAUAGGUCUUUUAUAUUCCUAUGGUUUAUUCUGCGAAUCAUUUUCUGACUUUGUAUCAUUUAAAUCACACUUUUAUUUACAUGAGUCUAUAGCUAUUUCAUUGUUGUAUAUUUAGUCAUAAAAGUGUUUUACAGUGUAUUUUAUUCUGUGUCAUUUCAUUCAUUUUACUGCAUGUUGUACAUGUAGAUUCAGUAUUGUACCCGAGCAAAAAAUGUCUGCCGUGUGUCUGUCAGUUAACAAAACCUUCUCCAGGGAACACAUACACACGUGAAAGUUUGCCUUAGGCUUACAGUGAUAGUUGUGUAGGUCUACAUAAGCUGUAUAUGUGUAGAUUU